AUGCCAAAAAAGAAGCUUGUCCAGUCCGAUACCUCUGCAUCGACACAUUCCAAACAAUCACUAGGCUCCCAGUACGCGAACCAAUCACCCGCCACAAGCAGCAACAGCCGCAGCAGUGGUGGCCUCACUAGAAUGAUGAGUACCAUUUACGAGAAAUUCUCAUCCGGCUCCAACGGUAACCAAAUAGAUGGUCUUGAUGGGCAUCCCGGUAAAAACCCUCCUCCACUGCCUAAGAAGCGACGCUCUGCUGCUCUUGGAAGCCAGGGUGAUGGAGUCACCAAGGCUUCAUCGCCCUCUACGAUGCAGAAGGUGAUCGAAACAACACAGAAAGCCGUGAUGGAAAUUUUGUUUAAAACGGAAUUGGAGGGAACUCGGUUGAGUUAUGUGGCGAGCAAAUGGAACGCUCCUUCCCUGGAUCCUGAUUUCGUGGAGUUUCCAAACCUCACCACUGUGGUAAAGGUCAUGCCGGGAGACACAUAUGAUCAGGCUCUCAACAUGCAAUAUGCUGGCAACACCAGCGAUCACAUGCCAGUAUGUGUUCUUAACUUUGCCAAUGCUUUUCGCCCCGGUGGGGGCUGGCUUAGUGGUGCUCGAGCUCAGGAGGAACAGCUUUGCUAUCGAAGCACACUCAUUGGGUCUCUCCAACCCCGCUUCUACCCAAUGACAGAUCUGGAGUGUCUCUAUUCGCCCAAAGUGAUCGUUUUCCGAGAGAGGGUGGAACAAGGGUAUAGCUUCAUGUCGGCGGACGAUGACCUACACUUGAACCCUGCCGUUAGUGUUAUCAGCAUGGCAGCGCGAGAUAAGCCUAAGCUGACCGCCGACAAAUCCAGCUACAGGGACCCGGGGCAACGAUAUCUCAUGAAAGGCAAGAUGCGAUUGAUUCUACGUACGGCAGCACUCAACAAUCACCGCCGCUUGGUCCUUGGUGCCCUUGGCUGUGGAGCCUUUCACCAUCCCCCCCAGGUGGUGGCCGAUUGCUGGAAAGAGGUUCUCAUGAAAAGAGAGUUCAAGGGGUGGUUUGAGCAGAUUCAUUUUGUAAUUAAAGAUGCGCCCCAUGAGAACAAUCUCGCAAUCUUCAAAGCGACAUUGGAUGAUUUGAACAUGGGAUAA